AAGGCUUUGAGCCAGAUGUCACUGACUAUCUGAUUAUUGUGUGAAAGUGAUGAGAAUCCAAAUUCCAAGUGAAUCAAGCGCCCAUUACCGAAAAGACCGGCCACUCAAAAUCGCUUCGCUAGUUCAGCUCCGCAAGGGAAGGCAUUCGCAAAGGCGCCGUAAGAUGCGCGAUUGGCCGGAUUGUGGACUGCUGUUAUGAGCCAGCACAAUACGCAGUACACCUUCAACUCCAAGGAAGACUACAGCACCACUUUGGACAACAUGAGUCGCGAGUUCGACGAGCGAUGGAACCACCAGGUCCAGUCGCCCUACACCAACCUGGAUAACUACAUAACACGGGCGGUCCUCGGCAACGGAAGCUUCGGCACUGUGAUGCUGGUCAAGGAAAAGGGUGGCAAGAACUACUACGCCGCCAAGAUGAUGAGCAAGGAGGAUCUGGUGCGGCUCAAGCAGGUGGCCCACGUGCACAACGAGAAGCACGUGCUGCACGCCGCCCGAUUCCCGUUCCUCAUCUACCUGGUGGACUCCACGAAGUGCUUCGACUACCUCUACCUCAUCCUGCCCCUGGUGAACGGCGGGGAGCUGUUCAGCUACCACCGCAGGGUUCGCAAGUUCAACGAGAAGCAGGCCCGAUUCUAUGCCGCACAGGUGGCUCUGGCCCUGGAAUAUAUGCACAAGAUGCACCUGAUGUACCGGGAUCUCAAGCCGGAGAACAUCCUGCUCGACGGGAAGGGCUAUAUUAAACUCACGGACUUCGGUUUCACAAAGCGCGUUGAUGGCCGCACUUCGACGCUAUGUGGGACCCCGGAAUACUUGGCCCCCGAGAUCGUGCAGCUCCGGCCGUACAACAAAUCCGUGGACUGGUGGGCCUUCGGCAUCCUGGUGUACGAGUUUGUGGCCGGGCGAUCCCCCUUCGCCAUCCACAACCGCGACGUGAUCCUGAUGUACUCCAAGAUCUGCGUCUGCGACUACAAGAUGCCGAGCUAUUUUACGGCCCAGCUGAGGAACCUCAUCGAGAGCCUCAUGCAGGUGGACACCUCAAAGCGGAAACUCGAACGAGGGCGCCGUCGAUGUGAAGAGCCACCCGUGGUUCCAGGGGGUCGAGUGGUUCGGCAUCCUCAACCAGGAGGUCGCCGCUCCCUACCUGCCAACCAUUUCCGGCGCCGAGGAUCUGUCCAACUUCGAAAACUUCGAGUUCAAGGAUCGCUUGAAGUCCCGAAUAAAUCGGCAUCCCGACCUGUUUGCGAAUUUUUAAAUGUCAAUAUGUUGGUAAUAAUCGUCUUCUUAAGGUUUUACUUGAUUUGUAAGUUAAUGGGGAGAACAAGGGAUUGGAUUUUAUAAAGUAUGUUACUAUGCA